AAACAUGGCGCGUCACAGUCUUUGUUUACAGGUCUGCCUUUUAGUCUUGAGAACGUAUUUUAACAUCCAAAGUAAUUUAAUUCAAUGUCUUUAUGCCGUCCAACGACAAUGUCAUAGACAACGUCUACGCUCAAGACGACAGAUUGCUUUGGUUAUCAUGAGAAGACGAACAUCUGCUGUGUGGUCCUAUCCUCGAGAGCACAAGUGGUGGGAUACCAUUGUCCCUGCAUUCACUCCAGAACAGUUCAUCCAGAAUUUCCGGGUCUCGCGGGAGUCUUUUGAAUACAUCUGUUGUCGUCUCAGGCAUGUACUUCAACGAAGGAACACCAAUUUCCGUUUGUGCGUACCUUUGAAAAAACGAAUUGCCAUUGCCCUUUGGAAGCUUGCCACUGGCAGCGAGUACAGAAGUGUCAGCCAGCUUUUCGGGGUCGGCGUGAGCACUGUAUUCAACUGUGUGCAGGACUUCUGCAACGCUGUAAUAAAAGUUCUUCUGGCUGUACACGUUAAAUUCCCAGAUUCUACAAAGUUGAAGGAGAUGGCAGAUGUUUUCGAAAGUGGCUGGAAUGUUCCUCAGUGUGUGGGUGCAAUAGAUGGAAGCCACAUUCCAAUAAUAGCGCCUGAAGAUUACCCUCGUGACUAUUUUAACAGGAAGGGUGGCAUUCAAUAA